GGGGGAGAGGAGCGGGGUGGCGAGCGGAGUGCAGGGCCGGGAAUGCCCGCGGCGCGGGGCCGCAACAGCCCGCUGGCCGCGUCCGGGCGAUGGCUCUCCGUCUGGUCUCCGAUUUCGACCUCCGGAAGGACGUGCUACCGUGGCUGCGGGCUCAGCGGGCGACGUCAGCGGCCGCCGGGGCCGGAGGCGGCGGCCCAGGUGUUUUAGAAAAUAACUAUGAAAGCUUACGUAUACUAAAUGUUGAAAGAAAUGGAAAUAUUAUUUAUACCUAUAAGGACAAAAAGGGAAAUGUCUUCUUUGGAUUAUAUGACUGCCAGACCAGACAAAAUGAGCAUCUCUAUACAUUUGAAAAAGACUUGCACGUUGUCAGCUGCUCUGUCAACAGUGAGAGAACUUUGCUUGCUGUAAGUUUAGUUCAUUCUACCAAAGAAGGAAGAAAGAAUGAGCUUCAACCAGGAUCAAAGUGUUUAACUUUGUUGGUUGAAAUCCACCCUGUUAACAAUGUGAAGGUUCUAAAAGCAGUGGAUAGCUACAUUUGGGUGCAGUUUCUCUACCCCAAUGUGGAAAGUCACCCUCUUCCAGAGAACCAUCUGUUGCUGAUUUCAGAAGAGAAAUAUAUUGAAAAGUUUCAUAUCCAAGCCAUCCAAGAAGAUGGAAAUAGAGUGGUAAUUAAGGACUCUGGUCAUCUCCCGAGAGAGAGAGUAGCUGAGGAGUUUGUUUGGGCUCAAUGGGAUAUGUCGGAGCAGAGAUUAUACUACAUUGACCUAAAGAAAUCAAGGAGUAUUUUAAAAUGCAUCCAGUUUUCUGCUAAUGAGAAGUUUAACUUAAUGUUUGAAGCACCCUUGGAUAUAACAUUAAGUGACUCAGGAUUUAAACUUGUAAACUUUGGAUGUGAUGAUCUUCAAGACCAAGAGAACUUAUCAAAACACCUGACCCUGUGCGUCUUUACCAACCAUACAGGAAGUUUGUGUGUGUGUUAUGGUCCGAAGUUUGACUCUUGGGAAAAAAUCACAUAUUCAGUGUUUUACUUCCAUAAAGGGCACAGCAAGACCUUCACUGUUGCUCUUGGGAGUGUUGACUCACAGUUGACAAAGGGCCUUACUUUUCUCAACCUUGACUAUUAUGUGGCUGUUUACUUACCUGGUCAUUUUUUUCAUCUACUUAACAUUCAACAUCCAGACCUAAUCUGCCACAGUUUGUUUCUGACAGGAAACAGUGAAGUGGUUGAUAUGCUACCUCAUAGUCCUUUACAAUCACUGUCAGGGUCUCUGGUACUGGAUUGGUGUUCUGGAAAGCUCUACAGGGCACUCCUCAACCAGUCAUAUUUAUUACAGUUCCUAUGGAACACCCCGCUAGACUGUGAGAAGAUGGCCGUGUUGCACUGUGUGCUCUCCUGCGGCGGAGACCCCCGGGUCCUGGAAGCCAAGAUUAUUCAGUGGAUUUCUGAGAAUAUCUCUGCCUGCCAUUCAUUUGACCUCAUUCAGGAAUUUAUAAUUGCUUCUUCCUAUUGGAGCAUAUGUCCAGAGACCAGUAACAUGGAUAAACUUUUGCCAUAUUCCUCAGUGCUCACUUGGAAAACAGAAAUUCCUGGAAUAACCCUUGUGACAGAAGAGAUCGCAUUGCCUUUCAUGAAGGUGCAUAGUUUUAAGGGCUACUGGGAAAAACUGAACUCCAACCUGGAAUAUGUUAAGUACUCCAAGCCACACUUGCACUAUAACAACAGCAUGGUCAGGAGAGAAUGGCACAGCCUGAUCUCAGAAGAGAAAGCGGGAAGAAGAAGAUCCAUGGUAUAUGUGAGGAAUAUUCUUGAUAAUGCAGCAAAGGUGAUUUCUAACCUAGGAGCAAGGAAUUUGGAGCCAAGGUUAACACAUCUCUUCCAGGAGGAGGACAUCCACCAGAGGCUGCUUAUGGGUCUGAUGGUGUCUGAGCUAAAAGACCAUCUUCUGAGACACCUACAGGGUGUAGAAAAGAAGAAAAUUGAACAGAUGGUUCUGGACUACGUUUCAAAACUGGUUGGUUUUGAUUUUUUGUUCCCUAUCCUGCUGCCCCCACCUUACCGCCCCCCCCCCAGUAUCAGCGGGCGGGCCAGUGCAGCUGAAUUUACAGUCUUUCACAUCAUGACCAGGAUUCUGGAAGCUACCAAGAGUUUGUUUUUACCGCUGCCUCCUGGUUUUCACACUCUACACACCAUCCUGGGUGUCCACUGUCUCCCUUUGCACAACCUGCUGCGUUACAUUGACAGCGGAGUGUUGCUUCUCACCGAAACAGCUGUCACACGGCUCAUGAAAGAUCUGGACAAUACAGAGAAAAAUGAAAGACUAAAAUUCAGCAUCAUUGUGCGGCUUCCCCCGCUUAUCGGUGAGAAGAUCUGUCGACUUUGGGAUCAUCCUAUGAGUUCUAACAUUAUUUCCCGGAACCACGUGAAGAGACUGCUGCAGGACUAUAAGGGAAAGCCCCCGAGUUCUGUGAUUGACAAGUCAUCAUUCAGUGUGGAAUUUCUGCCUCUGAACUACUUCAUUGAAAUACUGACAGAUAUAGAAUCCUCUCAUCAAGCCCUGUAUACUUUUGAAGGACAUGACAAUGUGGAUGCAAAAUUCGUAGAGGAAGCAGCUCUGAAGCACACCAUGAUGCUUCUCGGCUUGUAAAAGAGAAAACGCAAUCAUCGUGCCUCCCACACUUUAACCUUGCUCACUAGCUUGACCUCCGUCAAGAAUCCUUUACCAGUGUUUAAAAUCCAGUAUUUAAAAUUGGUAACCAAAAUCAGAAUACACCAUCGAGCCAUCUGACUUUAAGUCUGGCACUUACUUGUUCAGACAGAACCGAACUGCUGUGCCUCAUCCCAGGUUUGAACGGCAGACAAGUGGUCACGUGUGGGAGCGUGACGGACAGUCCCAGGAGGCACGCGGUGUCACCAGUGAUGCUCUUCCCUCCUGGCUUACCUUCCCAGUGGCUUCCUAGACCAAAAGCUAGUUUCUGUUGCGCUCUGAAAUAAAAUAUGCUUUAAAAAAUGUAGGGAACAGUGCGUAGAAAAACAAACUAGAACUUGAAAAUAACAUAAGGCAAGCGGAAAAUUUAAAUGUUAUAUAAGAACUGUAUUUGGAAAGAGGAUCCUCUUUAAUGAACUGAAUUUGGACCAGGUCAAAUCUGCUAUUUCUAGAAGAGAAUAAGUUGUUACAUACAGCAGUGUAUACAUACAGUGUUUAGAGUAGGAUUUGUUUUUGUAAUCGUUCAGAUGGAACUGUAUUUAAUGUUAAAGUUUUUUGUAUUUAUAAAAGUUUGAUUUAGUAAUAUCUUGCCAUUAAAAUAAGAACACUGAA